AUUCCUCAGCACCUUCUCAGACUUUUGAUAGUGAACUGAUGCCAAACAACAGAUGUGCCAUUCGGUUCGGUGAACGGUAUCUUCACCCAUGUUUAUAUUAUUUUGUCCAACAACAAACUCCGUUGUGUUGUUCCGUUCGAACGGGGUGAGUGUGUCAAGAGUCUUUCGUUUUGUAAAAGGUAAAAAACACCUUUUUCUUCUACUCAUAGUUAUUAGAUAUUGAAGUGUUAAGAAAAAAGAUACAAAAUUUACUGUGAGUUAAAUCGUUUAAACAAAAAUAUAUAAAAAAAAAGAUACAAAAGUAUCUAUCUUUAUGAUGUUAUCGCCUACGCACAGAAUCGGUUCGGUUUGUUAUCAGAAGUAUCUUUAUCUCCUAGGGGCGGUUAGAUACUUCAUUUAGCGACGUGUUGGAUGUGUGCUUUUAAUUAUUUUAAAAUAAUAAUAAAAUAAAAAUAUUUAUAAUUUGAUGUGAUACCUGAAUUAUUUUUGUGGGUUUGUAAUGUGUGCAUAGCAGCAGUGCCAGUGCCAGUGUAAGCGUCAGCGCCAGCGCCAGCGCCCCCUAUACCUCACAUCCGAUGUCAUUAAUCAUCGUUUUGUUGUUUAAAUUGACUGACAACACACGGCUGCCGGGUGAUUUGUCUAUCAAGAGUGCAACAACAACGACAACAAUAAAUAAAUAAAAUAGUCGAAAUAGUCGGGUCUCGGGUGUAAGCGCAACACACUAUGCAUCAGCAGCAACAAAACAAACAACAACAACAAGAACAACAACAGCAACAAGCAUCACAAGAUCAGGAUAUUUGUCAUCAUCAUCAGCCGUCGUCGUUAGCAACAUCUUCACAUUUGUACUACUAUCGUCAUUUAAGUCAUCAUUUGUACAAACAGCAACAUCACCAACAAAAUCAACAACAGCAACAUCAACUACAACAGCAGCAGCAGCAGAAACAGCUUUUCAACAACAAUAAUAAGCAGUGUCUUCUUCAGCUUCCGCGAAAUCUUCUAUCUCUUCGGUUAAUAAUUCGCUUUAGUUCGUGGAAAUAAUAAAAAAAUAAAUAAAUCUUUAAAAAAAAAGUAAAGGUGUGCAUCGAUACUCCUGUGGUAAGCCAUCAACAGCGUUUAAAGAGUUCACAGAGUGUUUCCCUAGCAGCGAAGCAGCAGCAAAACAAAGAAUCAGGAACAUCAAGAGUUCUGAUUCUGUAUCUAGGACUAUCCAUAUUGAAGUGCGUGCAAGCUUGGUGAUAGAGAUCGAGCCGAUAGGCUUGCACGACCACGAAUGUCACUACUGGGGAAACCAUUGAACUAUAAUCGUGGCUCACGACGUGAUGCCCGUUAUAGAAGGCUACAAAGCCGAAUCUAUAACUUUCUAGAACGCCCCAGAGGAGUACCUGCCAUUUUAUAUCACGUUAUGGUUUUUUUAAUGGUGUUCACGUGCCUAGCCUUAAGCGUGUUUUCCACAAUCGAAGAAUACGAAAAGGAAGCAUUAUACAUACUAUUUAGGAUGGAGAUAUUAGUCGUAAUUUGGUUUACAGUGGAAUUCUUUUUCCGACUGUGGUCGUCAGGAUGUCGGUCACGAUAUCAAGGCUCUGUUGGUCGGUUAAAGUUUUUAAAGCGACCAUUUUGUAUUAUAGAUGUAGUUACAAUAGCAGCAUCACUAGUAGUAUUAGGUAUGGGAACAUCCGGUCAAGUGUUUGCAACAAGUGCGUUACGUGGCCUUAGAUUUUUCCAAAUAUUAAGAAUGGUUCGAAUGGAUCGACGUGGUGGCACGUGGAAAUUAUUGGGAAGUGUCGUCUAUGCGCAUAGACAAGAACUGAUAACAACUAUGUACAUAGGAUUCUUAGGCCUUAUAUUUGCAUCUUUUCUCGUUUAUCUUAUGGAAAAAGAUGUAAAUGAAAAAUUUAGUAAUUUCGCUCAGGCUCUCUGGUGGGGUGUGAUAACUCUAUGUACGGUGGGGUACGGCGAUAUGGUACCCGAAACGUGGCAAGGAAAACUAAUAGCAUCGUUUUGUGCCCUACUAGGAAUAUCGUUUUUUGCACUUCCCGCGGGUAUCCUUGGCAGCGGUUUUGCGCUCAAAGUUCAACAGCAACAGCGCCAAAAACAUAUGAUACGACGGCGCCAGCCUGCAGCCACGUUAAUACAAUCCCUAUGGAGAUGCUAUGCUGCAGAUGAACAUUCCGUAUCUGUGGCAACGUGGAAGAUCCAUCAAGUGCCAUUGCCAAGUCCGCCUCCAUCUUCUGAGUACUGGGAUAGAUUGUUAAAAAAUUUAAGUGAAUAUAGUUCAAAAUUGGAACCACCAGAGAAGAUAGCAUCAACCUCGAGUGCAAUGCGGGCGUCUUCUAGUUUUAAACACAAUGCAUCCUUUGUGGCGAGAUUACCAACAAUAAGACGUCAUAAAAGCCAAUCGCUGCAUUCUCCUGGUAAUGCCAAUAAACCACCAGGGCCAACGAGGCCACAACGAUGUCCAAGGACAAUGGGCGAAAUUAAUGCGUCGGCGGAAAACUUAGAAGUCACAAAUAAUGGAAGACCUUUAAAUCCAAGUUUAAGUGAAGAUUCUGUUGCAGAAACGGCUAUAUCGAAGAAAAACUCUGAUGAAUCGCUGUCACAAUCAUCACCAAAAGGAUCAAGUCGUAAACAAAGUGCUGUAAGUGACAUCUCUGUUCGAAGUGAUAUAAGUGGCAUCACUAGCAACAAUGGCGGUAUUAUAGCAGCUAGUGGUGCAUCAGCAUUGCCAGUAAUGCUUUGUGGAUUUUUACAAGGAGAAUUUCUUUCACCAUCAGACACUAAUAAUUAUUGGGCUAAUGCAAGAAAAUUAUACCAAAGGUCACAGUUCAAUAUGAAUUCAUCGAAUGGCAGCAAAGCCGGCAAUGAAGAUGAUGAGCCACGCUGUGUUCAAUUAACAAAUCAACAUAAAACUGCGAUACGUUUCAUUAGGAAAAUGAAGUAUUUUGUAGCACGACGUAAAUUUAAGGAGGCACUUAAACCAUACGAUGUUAAAGAUGUUAUGGAACAAUAUGCAGCCGGGCAUGUUGAUUUACUCGGCCGAGUGAAAAAUGUUCAAACUAGACUUGACCAGAUACUAGGAAAACAAGGAUCAAAAGCAAAAGACGUUUAUGCGUCAAAAAUUAGUUUAGCAUCUCGUGUAGUUAAGGUCGAAAGACAAGUAGCCGAUAUAGAAGAAAAAUUAGAUAUUUUAAUUAAAGCCUAUAUGCAAGACCGCGAACGGUUCUUAGCUCUUCCAUUAGUUUCUCAAGUUCAACAUUCCAAUAGCUCUAAUCAAAAACCUCCCGGUGGCGGUGGUGGUGGCGGCGGCGAUGGUGGUGGUGGUCCUGGCACCGGGGGUACUGAUGGUGAUAUUGGCCACUCUGCUGCUGGCACAGCUAUGGCCGCUAGCGGGACCACCAUGACUGGUGCGACAAAUGUCCACUCUGCAACCGUAACGCACGGUGGAGGGCUUAAGCUUAAACCAAUUCUGAUUGAAAAACAGUUCUCGGAACCAAGCUCACCUAUAGCCUCGCAAUAUGAGCAAGGAGUUCCACGACGACCGCCAAUGCAUCGAGGAUACUCCGACUUAACAAGCCGUAUUAAGAAACGUGUAACUUUAAGUUCCAUACCACCUCAGUAUGUUGACCCGAGUUCGAUACAACCCGGUGUUAGCGAUGAUGUCGUGAUAGUUGUUCCCGAAUUAGAUGCCGAUCCUCUGGAAUCCGUUUUGGUCGCUCGUUUACCAUCAGACCAUGAUGUAUGCCUUGAAGAGGACGCUGACUUGGAACCAAGUAGUCCGAAAACUAUAACCGAAAGUUCAAUUAUCCUAAUGGAUGAAGAAGUCGAAGAUCUCGAAGAAGAGGAUCUUGAUUGCGAAGGUGAAAUGGAUCCAGAAUCACCUCCAUGGGAUGUUUAUGGUGAGGGUGAUCUCGAUGUCGAUGGAGAUGGGGAUGUGGAUGAGUCCACUGAAGAUACUGCCUUAUUAAGAGUAGCAGCUAGGACUGCGAUUAUAGUUACUCCAAUUAGUCCGGUCAGUUCUGCCCAUGACUUGGCACGUCUUGAAAUCGACGGUAGAAAUGGUAAUAUGUCCUGUGAUAAUGGUAGUAGUAGAUCAUCGAAAUCAAUGGAUCUAUUGCGGCCAGAUUCAAGUUCGCCAACAACAAGACUGCUUCCAUCUUCGAGUAAUUCUGUGGAUAUCUGAGAAUGGUUUUGUAUUCAGCCAUCUGCAAUUGGAUUUAGUUUUUGUUGUUACCUAAUUUAAAUAGAAAACAAAAUUAAAUUAAAUUUUAAGAACAAAAAUCAUUAAGAAAACAAAAAAUAAAUAAACUAAAAUCCUAACUAACUGAAAACAAAAUAAAACUUAAACAAAAACAAACUAAACCCAAAAACACACAACAAAUACAAAAUCCAUGAAAUGGCUGAAUAUAAACUUAAAAAAAAAAACUAUCUAUAAGUUAAAUAUGUUAUGCAAUAUUGCUUUUAAGCAUAAAGCUUCAUAAUUUAACAAAAGUAAAUAAGUUGAAACACUAAAAAAACUUGUUUGUAAAUACGUUUUUUUUACAUGAAUACAACAUAAGUACUUUGAGUGAUUUAAUUAAAAUUAGACUAAAUUUAAAAAUAAAAUAUAAGAGAUAUUCUUUUUUAAAACUUUCAAAUUUAUAGAAAAACAAAAAAACAAAAGACCAAAAUACAGAAUAAAUCAAAAAAUUAAAAAAAAAAACAUUAAAACAAGCUUCAUUUAUUUUUAGUCAAAAAGAAAGCACAAAAUCAAUUUAACUCCAUGAAUUAUAAAACAAAAAUCUAAUGUAUAGACAAAAAUUUAAAAAACAGUACUAUAUAUUUUAUUUCUCUGUUAAGUUUAAAAAUUCUAUUCAAAAACAAAAUAUAGUUAAAUUUUAAAAAUAAAAAACAAUUCUUCUGUGAAAUGAUAUUAAAUAGGCAAAUUAAAUUACUUGUUAAAUGUAAAUAACAUAUUUUUAUUAUUUUAUUUUAAAAUGAUUUAAUAGUUUAAUAUAUAAUUAAAAAAUAUACAGAUUUCAGUUUUUAAAUUUCAAAAAUAUGUAAAUAAUGUAAUACGUAAUAUUAUAUACAUAAAUUAAUACCUAAAAUUUAAAUAAUAGUAAAAUUUCGAAAUUCGCAUAGUCACGCAUUAUGAUAAUUAAAAAAUUAUAGUUACACAUAAAUCUGACAAUAAGAAACACGUAAAUAAUUGUAAAUAUUUAAAUAUGUACUUAAAUUAAUAUUUUCCUUUAUAUUUUUCAAUUUAAUUGCUCUACAUUUUGUUUCUUUGUUUUCUUGUUUGUUUAAAGUUUAAAAAUCAAAGAGUUUUAAAACUCGAGCAUAGGCACAUUGUGUAAAAUUUCCCGACUCGAAAACGCCUUAUAAAAAGUUUUAAUUCUCUAGAUAAUUCUCCUUUUUUCUUUUGAAAGUUGAUUUCUUUAAAAUAUUUUCUUUAAUUUAAAUGAUUGCGUUUUCCAUUGGUAACGUCAAAUUGCGAUCUCAAAAUUGAUUUUUUUACACCAGUUGUUUUUAUUUAUUUGUGUUGUUAAAUUUAUACUAUUCGUUAAAACUCGUACAAUAAAAUGUAAAUUUGACUAAAAAUUCAGGGCGACAGUCCAAAAUCACUGAGCUGAACACUUUUUAAAAUGAUUCAACUCAAUUCAAAUCAACAAUUUUCAUUAAAAAUUGGCCAAAUAACGGUGGCCAUUGUCAAAUUUCUGUUAAUAUAACAAUUCUACUUUUUUUUUUAAUUAAUUAUUGAGUCGUAACUUUUUUUCCGACAAGGAUAUCACAUUUGUAUUAUGACAGUUACUUAGCUAACAAUUGUAACUAUCACCUUAAACAGAUCAAAUUGUAAAAUUUAAACUAUCUCUUGUCAAAAAUUACUCUAACUGAUUUGAAUCCAGAUCUCUAAAAUUAAUUUUCAAUCAAAAAAACAUUUAAAAAUCGUAAAGCAGUAAUCACUAAUUUGACAGAUACAAAACGAAACGCUUCAUUUUUGUCAUGGGAUUCAAAAUUGUUUUCCCCUAAAAUUGGCAGAUGCUAUGUUAGAUUUUCAAGACCUUAAAUGGCGUAACGUCUUUUCGCCAAAAUUAUAUAGCCCAAAUUAAAAAAUAUCAUAGCGCCCAAAAAACAAUUUUAUUAACAUUUUUUCGUUGUGCUAUUUGGGAAAUAUUACCAAAUCCUUGGGCUUUAAAAUUUGUUUUGGUUGUUAUGAAAUUCCAAAUAAAAAAAAACUAACGGUCUUACUGCCCAAAAAGAUGUUUAUAAGUAAAUGGCAACAAGCCCAAAAUCAAUGCCAUAUACUUCCUAGAUCAAUUUUUAAACAUCACAACGCCCAAAUCAUAUAUUGGCAAAAGAUAUCAUGUGUUUCCAAAUUUGACCAUUCUGAUAAAAUUUUUGUUUAUUUUGGACACUACAACAUUUUGAGUUAAAAAUGUUAUCACUCGCGAAGCAUUAAACUAAAAAUAUGUCAGAUCGCCCAAAAACAACACAGUACUUCAAGAAAGGUGCCUUGAAAUAAAGCCAAAUGGAAUAAGGCCAAAUUUUAAGAAUUGGCCUUAUUUUAAUUUUGUAAAGCGUAAUAAGGCCAAUUUCCAAAUUUUGAUUAUAUUACACUUAAACAAAUUGAAACAAAGCCAAAUUGGUUUUAUUUCAAUUUAAAAAAAUCUUUACAUGCACCAACCCCGCACCUACCCUAAAUCCUUUAGGUUGCCCAACCGAGGGGGGGGGGUUGCAGGGGUGCAGCAUGACUCCCCUUACAUACGUCACAGUAAAAAUAUGUUGGUGUAAAUUCUCAAAAUAGUUUGGUAUUAUUUCACUUCGUCCAAAUGUAAUAUGACUAACUGCUAAAAAUUGCCUUUAUUACCCUUUUUUAAAGUACAAUGAGGCCAAUUUUAUAAAGCAGGUCUUAUUUCACUUGGGCUUAUUUCACGGCACCUUCAAGAAAGCGUUAAAAAUAAGUUUGGCACCUUCUGAAAUCGAAAUAAUGUCUAUUUUAAAAGUUAAAUAAAACGAAAUGGUUUAAUUGCUCAAAGUGCUAGCACCCAACAUUAUGGCAUAAUAACAGUGAAAUAUGUAUUGGGGGCAUGCUGCACCCCUGGUUGGACUCACUUUAUUAUUUAGGGUAGGUGCGUCGUUGUGUGUAUACAAAGUUUCUUUCAAUCCAGAUUAUUUUAAUGAAAAAAAACUUUGCAUACAUCCAACUUCGCACCUAACCUAAAUCCUGUGAACGCAAGAAGGGGGGUGGCAGGGGUCAACAUACCCCUUUUUACAUACCUUACUGUUUAUAAGCAUUACAAAGUCUAAUUACUGAAAGUGUUUUGCUCAUUGAAAGUAAGUUUGGGUUAUAUGAAAUUUUAUGUGGGCUUUGUGACCUUUUCUUAGUGAUAAUUUCUGCGACGUUUCUCUUUUUGGGCUUUGUGACCAAUUUUGGACUUUACAACAUUUUAGAAUUUUGUCGUUAUGGUUUCGAGCGAAAAGAACUAACACCACCUAAAAUGACUUAUAAAUAAUAUACUCUAUGUUUUUAAUGACAAAUUUUAAAAUAAGUUUUUGUAACAAAUAAUAUUUCCUUCACGUUAAAGAAAGCAGGAACAUUCCAUAUGCAUGGCUUUUCAUAUUUUUAAAAAUGUCAUAUACUUAACGUAAAUUAUUCUAUUAUUUUUGUUAAAAAUUUUAUUAUUAUGAAUCUCUGAGCCUGAAAACGGACUCAAAUAUCCCUCCACUAAAUUCUUUUACAGACAUUUGAUAUAUUACAAUUUCAUAAAAACGAUUAUUUCUUGUAGUUUUCUAUAAGUAUGUAUUUUUUGUUUAAUAAACUUCACUAUUUUGUUUUACUUAUUCUCGUUUUAAAACAUUUAUGUGUUUCUUUUAUAAUUUUUUACAAUUACGCAAAAAAUCUUAAUUAAAAAAAAAAACAGACAAUUGUAAAAAGAAAUGUAAAUAGGAAAUCUGUACAAAAUUGUAUAAUUAAAUGUACAUUUAAAAUUAACUAACUUUUAAUUAGCCAAUAGAAUUAAAAUUUUUACUAUUAUAGUCUAGCUGACGGAUUAAAUUAAAUUAAUUAAAUGAAUUAAAAUAAAUUACACGAAUAUUUUGUUUUAUACAUAUAAAUAGGUAUAUUUGGUUGUAAUAUAAAUUAAAAAUUAAAUCACCAUUAAUUAUUAUUUUUAAAUAAAAAUAGACAUUUUUUUUCUAAAUCUUAUUAUUUUAGUAAUGUUUUCUUUUUAUGUAUAAAGUAUAAUGUAAUUUGACCAAUUUUAUGUUAUUAUAUUUUUUUAAGUAUUGUUAAUUUUUUUAUUAGAACUUUAAUUCAAAAGACAUAAUUUAAGAUUAUUUUAUAUAUUUUUUGGUCUUGUUUUCUUUUUGAUUCUUUAUUUUGUUAAUUUUUUUAAAAUAAAUGGCAUAAUUAUUACAUUUUAUUUUACUUUGCUUUUUUUUUAUAUUUUAUUUUAAAAACAUGGACGAAAGAUAAAGGGUCAUGGAACGAAUCCUGGAUGACUUGACAAAUUUUUUAAAUUUGUUUUAGCACGCAAAAUAAUGUAUUUUUAAUAGCGCCCUCUUUUAAGACGUAUGCCACUUUUGGAGCUGUCAUCUUUUGACAUUUGACAAAUAACAGCGCCACCAUUAAACAAAAUUAACUAAACACACUUCAAAAACACAUCGAAAUUGUUAAAAUUCGAUGAAAAAUGGUGACAACUUUGCAGUAAUAGAUUUCAAAAACAAAAUGUCGGGUUUUUCAAUAAGAGCGCUUCAAAAGUUUAUUUUAAAUAAAACAGAAACUGUUUUGAAUAUCAAUAAAAUUUGUAUUCCUGUAAAAGUACGUUUGAUGCUAUUAUAUACGGAACUCGAUUUCUUUUGUAUGGUCACCACGCCCACGCUUGCAGAAGUCCAGAUGCUGAACCCAAUUUUUAAUGGCUUUCAAUCAUAAAUUGGCCCAUACUGCCGCAAUUUCACUUCGUACGAAGUCCAUCAAUCGUCACCUGGCUUCUUGGCAUAGACCAUAGACACAGACUUGGCAUUACCCUACAGGGAAUAGUCUAACGGAGUAAAACCGCACGAUCGAGGCGGCCAAGUUACUUGACCAUUUCGUGAGAUUAAACGUUCUCCAAACUUGGUUUCAAAAUAACAUUCGCUGUGUGGCUUGUGGUCCCGCCGUCCUGUUGGAACCACAUGUCCUCCAAAACCAAAUCAUCUAAUCGGGUCAAAAAAUAUUCGGUUAUCAUUGAACAAUAGCGAUCCCCAUUCACAGUAAAGUGCUGGUCUUGAUCAUCACGGAAGAAGCACGGCCCAAUGACGACGCUGGCCCAUAACUACACCAUACCGUAUUUUUUUCGGAAUGCAAUGAUGACUCAUGGAGUUCGUGUGGAUUGUUGCUUGACCAAUACCGCAUAUUUUGUUUAUUGACGAAGCUAUAGAUGAUUUUUCGUUAAAAAUCCGAAUCAUGUAGACCAAUCUUUUCGCAAAAUUCGCCACAACAACGCGACGUCGCAGAGAUGCCCAACGCUUGAAGUCCAGCGGCAGCAAUUUUCUCUACACUACGGGCACUUCUUUGUCUUUUUGGCACGGGAACGUUUUGUAAUGUGCCUGUGAAUUAAAAUUAGUCCACUAGACGCUCAGUUGUUGAUCUGCUUGGACGAUUAUGACGGCAAUAAAUUGGACGGAGUGCUCUUAACGUUUAGGCAACUGCUUCCGCAUUUAAUAAUUUCGACUCGUUCUUGGCUCGUAUAUCAUCGAAAUUAUCGAAAUUUCAAAACAGCGGCAAGAAAUAUGGCGUCGUUGGCUGUCCCUGUCACUCUAUUUUUGUAGCGUCCCUGUUGAAAGCUAGUGUUGUAUAAAAUCGAAACAGUGUAUAACUUCUGUAGCCUGUAGUGUUGACUAAAACAUAAACACUCAAAAUGUUCGCUCACCGGCUACGUCAUUUCAACACUGAUUGGGCCUUGAAAUUCAUCAAAUUAUUCCAAAAUUUUUAGCCUUCAUUUUUAAGGCGCAAUUUUUCCUCAAAAACUACGUACAUAGAGGAGAAAAAUCGUCACAUUUCGAUAUCGUAAAAUCCUACCACUUUUUGAUACGGUUUUUAAGCGGUUGCAUAUUCGAAAACGAGGUCCGAGCUUUGAUUCGUGAAUUUUUACAGCGAAAAUUUGAAAAAAUUGAUGAGACCAAUGUUUGUCUUUUUUUUGGGCAACGUGAAAGAAAAGGCCUACAAAAAUUAUUUACAAUCGAUUCAAUACCUUAAGGCAUGAAGUUAUUUACAGUAAUUAGCCGCAAAUGAGCGAAAUUGUCAUGAUUUUUCAUGGAAAAGAUGCAAUCGUAGCUGGUUGAUAUUGUUUUGUAUGACUUUUAUAAAUUUUAGAGGUCGUGCUUAUAAUUACUGAUCGACAAAAUUAGGUAUUUUGCGGGGCACAAACAAAACGUACAUUUUAUAAAGGAUUAGGGUGUCCUAAAUUCGAAUCUCACCUUUGUUUUGUACUAUCACAUCAGGUUUUAAAAAUAUGAACCUUUAAAAAUACUUACAACAAUAAAAAACGUGUUUUUUUAAGAAUUCAAAAUAGGUUUCCUUAACAAUACAUUUUAUGGGGAUUUUGCAAAGUAAAAAUAUUUCUUUUCCACAGUUUUUGGGAACUUUUAUCAAUUAUAAGUCUUUAUUUGACUCUAUAUGAAGUUUUUGGCAAAUCAUGAAUUUAGUACUUUCAUAGUUUCAAAAAAUACGUUUUGAAUUUAAAUGUUUUAGUGUUGGUUUCGAAACCAAACUUUAACUUUCACUAUUUCCUCAUGUUUUGAAAAUACCCGUUUUCAACAUUAUUUUUAUAUUUUUUAAUAUAUUUUUUUGCACUUCUUUUGCCCUCAUUAACCUUUACACCCUUUUUAACCGCCUCGGUCUAAAUACUCACAAAAGCACCUUUGACAUCAUCCUGAGUUCUCCCAUCAGCAUAUUCUAGUAAUUGAACAGACUAUUGAAAUGUACUGCCUCUAGUGUUGACGUGGGAGCCCUAUACUAUUCUUUCAUGGACGAUGUUAAAGAAAUCCCAUGACAGGGCAUCACCUUGCCUAAAGCCUUUUUUAACAUCAAAAUGUUUUGUUUAGUUGUUUUUAACCUUUAUGAAGCGUAUCGAAUUCUCCAUAGGCAUUCUGCAUAAACGGACUAGUUUGGCAGCGAUGCCAAGACUAAACAUGGCUCUAUACAGAUCGUCCCUGAAGAUGCUGUCAUAUGCAACCUUGACAUCAAUGAAAACAUGGUGGGUGUCAUUUUGAUAUUCCUGGGGUUUUUCCAGGUUCUGCCGUAAUGUGAAUAUUUGAUCGACUGUGGACUUACUUGGUCUAAAACCACACUAAUAGGGACCUAACAAUUUUUAACGAUGAGCCUUAGACAUUCAUAUUUUACGGCAGAGAAGAUUUUCUAAGCGAUUUUAAGUAGACUGAUGCCUCUUUAGUUAAUGCAGAUCCUUUAUUUCAUAAUAGGGCCAACAAUACGGAGGUUGCAUUCAUCGGACAUGCUUUCUUCCGACCUUAUCUUACAGAUAAGUUGGUGCAUGUUCUUAACCAAAUUAUCUCUAGCUGCUAUGAAAAUCUCAGCAUUCAAGCCAUCUGCUAAAGUGGCUUUGUAAGACUUCAGCUAAUCAAGCAUUUUACUGAAACAAAAUGUACUACAUAAACUUUCAAAAAGUAAUUUCCUAAAAAAAUAACAUCUAACAUUAAUUUUGAAGCCAUUAAAACCAUUGGAAAAGUGUUAAAAUUUGAUAAUUCGACAGAUUUAAAAAUCAUUCAAGAAACUUAUAAAAGUAAGUAACACGUCCUCAAUACAAAAUGUUCUUAGCUUGCCUUUAUAGAUCCAAAAAAUAUAUGUGUGUUUUUAUAUUUAUACCGAACUCAACAAAUACAAACUUUAAUACCAAGAGUGGUUAUAGUCAUAUAGGCGACUUUUGCGUUUGCAAAUUUGACAUUUUACGUUCCAAAUUCUUAGGUAAAUUUAUUUUUCAUAAUAAUAAAUUUCAUCAUCAUUUUAAAUCAUCAGUAAUGUAAAUAAUUAUAAAGUACCUACUAAGUAAUGUCAAUUGUAGUGAUAUCACCGCUCUGCUUACUAUUUUCUAAAGUUUUAAUUUUUUUCCAAAUAUAUAUUUAUGCCAUUUCAAUAUUGGUUUUCAAAUUUAUUCCUUAAUAUCAAAAAAUGUAUUUAAUUUAUUCACCUUCCUCACCUUUUUAAAAAAGAAAAUAUAAAACUUCAAAAACAUUAUAAAAAUAGUUUCUACUAAGCAGAAACGCAUCAUAAGAAAAUAUAAUAUAAAAUAUAUAAUCAAAAUAAAAUAAAAUAAUUAAAAAUAUAAAUACACAUACAAAAAAUAACUAUACCCUUUCUGAUUUUCAAAAAAUAAAAUAAAAAUUAAUAUACUUAUAUGCUUACGCUUAUAUGUAGACAAAAAAAACAUAUUAAAUUAGCGUCCAACUUCUUUGUUUUAUCUAAUUUUGAUUGUAAUUUUUAUAAAUUUCUUUUGUUCAAUAUCAAAAUAAAAUAAAAAGUUGAUUUAAAUUUUUCAAAAAAAAAAAACAAAUAAUUAUAAUUAUGAAAAUGAUAACCUUCAAGGGAUCACAAAAUGGUACAAGAGCUUUACAAAGAAUAAAUAUAAUAAAUAUAUAUAUAUAAAAAUAUAUAAACCAAAAGUAUAUAUAUAUACAUAAAAAUAUAAAUACAAAAACAAAAACACUCACUUUAACCUAUGUACAGUAGAUUUUAAAUACCUACUUUAUAAGAUUUUUAAAUUAUAGAUAAAUAAAAAGAAAAACAAGACACGUGACUAAUCUAAGUAAACGUAAUAUAUUAAAAUUAAUAUUAACCUACUUUUAAAAUAAAUUGUAAAAUAUAAACUUUAAAAAUAGUUAAGUAGUUAAAUAUAUAAUAUUAUUAGGACUUAUAACAAAACAACAACUAAAAUAGGGAAUUUUUCAUAAACUUAGCGUUUUCUUAGUUACUAUUAGCUUUUAUUUAAUUCAUACUCAAAAACAUUAUGUCUUCCACCACCAAAUUCUAUUUCGUUUUUAUAAACAUAGAAAGUACCCAAAAAGCAAACCUUUGUUUAAUUUAUUUCCAUUAGAGACUAAACAAUAGGAAAAGAUUCUUCCGGCGGCGGAUGGUGUCAUAAAUCCUCAUCCUCAUCAAAGGCCAACAAUUCUUUUUUUUUUAUUUCAAAAAGUUAAAAAAGAAAGUUUUAAAAUUAAUUGAGAAAUCUCAACGCGGUUAACAUCAGACUUUCCCCGUGCAAGAAUCUUCGACUAUAAAUUUAAAUUAAAAACAAAAUAAAAAACAGAAGUAAAACUAAAUCGUUCCUUUAACACAUCUUGGGUACAAAUAAAAAUUCUUAACUGAUAAAAACAAGUCAUUAAAAAGUAAUCGUUUGUAAAAACAAAAUCUAAGAAUAAAAGAAGCAAAAGACACAAACAUUUUUAUGCUGGCCAUUAUGGAUUGUUAUAAAAUUAUUUAUAAUUCAUCUAAGCCAAUAAUAUAUUGCUUGUAACCUGCCACGCAUUUAAGCCUUAUUUAAAAAUAUAAAAACAAAAAAACGGAUAAGUAUCACUUCGAAAAAAUAAAAACAGAA